AUGGGAGCGACAUUGAGCUACUUGCAUCCGACCGGGCGCCCAUUCUGCGGCCGAUGCGGGGAGCUCCAUCGAGAGCACUUGCAUCAAAUCAAUACGCGCUCGCAGUGUCGCAAGUGUGGCAGGCGAUUCCAUCGACCAGCGGACUUUCGGCCUCUUAAGUUUUCCGCAAUCAUCUCUCAGGAGAAGAAUUGGGGCGAUGAGACCCGGCCGAAAGUCGAUCUUCUACUCGCUCAGAUCCGCGCGUUGAUGGCCGUGUUGGAACUGGCAAAACGGGUCUUCCUCAAUGACGAAGGAGAGCUCUUGACCGGCGCCGGCCCCUACUUGCUCGACGUGUUGGAGGUGACGGACCAGUUGAGGGAAUGCCUUCUCAAUCCACCAUUCGCCCACAAUGAGCAGAUUGAUAAGACGAACGAGUUCAAGCAGGAACACAACACGCUUGCAAAGAAGCUCCCUCCGGGUUGGGAGUUCACUCGUACAGAAGAAGUCUCAGUGUUAAUGCCGCUUGAGCUCAUAAUGCAGUACCUCCUGGAAAGCAACAAAAUUUGCGCAAAAGCGCCCGAGAAUGCGCAGCAAAUGAAGGCAAUGCUUGAAGAACUACAAAACCUGGAUAUAUUCAACGGCCUAUCUCGGGAACUUCGCCUAGAACACACCGUAUUCUUUGCGUACAAACCGAAGCCUACCUCUUACUGCAAAGCCAUGUGGUUUGUUCGCGCAACAUCUCUAUACUGGCUGCCCGUCGAUUUCGAAAAGAUUACCUCGAACUACUCGACGGAGGAUAAAACGAACUUGCACAAAAUAUCCAGCCGUCAAGCUAAACACCUCAUGGAGCGACGGGAUUCCUUCAUUAAAUCUGGCCCAUUCAUUGAGAGCUCCCAGUCGUUUCUCAAUGAUGCGAAGCGCAUCAGGCAGGAACAACCCAAGGCUAUUCCUUCAGACGCACUUCAACAAGUACCUGGAUACCGAGCGGUGCCUAUCUUUGGCGGGAUUGACGGGAUUGGUAUAGCAUGGACGGGCAACUUUGAGCACAAACUGCCGUGCCAGUUCUGCUCUAACCUAUACGAGUUUGCUGAGGACCAUGAGCGCGACAGUAAUUCGGAAUGGCUGCCGUGUUGGGGAGCGAAGAGGAGAGCCUAUUCCUGUGCUGAGGCAGCGCUUGCUACCACUGGUAUGUUCCUCAGUGGAGAGAUGUGGAAGAAGUUUCAGGAGGCAAACGCUGGAACCCUUUCGGAGAGGAUCUUGGACAUUUGGUACUGGGCUCGCCGGUGGGAGAUUGUGUCAUACGUGAUUGAGAAGGGCGUCUUGGUGGAUUCAUUCGGCGAGGGAGAUGGAGGCGGCACGUUUGGACUGCUUAUGGCUGUGGCGCGGACAGCAAUACAGUCCGCAGUCGACUUCCUCAUUGCCGCAGGCCGUUGA